AUGGCCGAAACUAGCGAAAAAGGACCGUCUUUGGACGCGACCAACGUUUUUGAUGACUCCCAUGGGCACUUGAGCUCUGGGGCCUCCACGCCAGACAGUUCAAAAGAUACUGUGCAGGUUGAAGAUGAGCGAAACAAGUACAGGUCAAUUCAUGGUGUCAAAUGGUUUCUAGCUGUGUUGGCGAUUUUCUCGUCCGUUUUUCUGUUCGGAUUGGAUACGACUGCAGUUGCGGAUAUUUCCCCUGCGAUGAUCAGUCGGUUUGGCCAGGCAGAUUUGCUUCCCUGGUUGAGCUCUGGCUAUGCACUUGGAGCCAUGAACAUUCUUCCUUGGGGCAAGUCAUUCGGAGUCUUCAACCUGAAAUGGACAUAUAUCCUCACAGUUGCCCUCUUUGAGGUGGGAAGUGCUAUCUGUGGCGCGGCACCGAAUAUGACGGCCUUGAUCAUUGGACGAGUGAUUGCUGGAAUUGGGGGAUCGGGUAUGUAUCUCGGUUGCAUUACAUACCUCGCGAUGACAACUAGUCCUCGGGAAGGUCCGCAUUAUAUCGGGCUCGUCGGCUUUGUCUGGGGUAUUGGCACUGUCCUCGGACCAAUUGUCGGCGGUGCAUUCGCAGACAGCUCAGCAGGAUGGCGGUGGACCUUCUAUAUUAACCUCCUAAUUGCCGCCCUAUUUGCCCCUAUUUACUUUUUCCUGCUCCCUAAUAUCGACGCACAGCCAACAGCAACUUUGCUUCAGAAGCACAAGCAAGUGGACUGGGUGUCCAUCAUUUUCCUGAAUGGAUUCAUCGCAUGUUUCGUUAUGGCCAUCAACUUCGGAGGUGCCGUUUAUGCUUGGAAUUCUGCCAAGGAAAUCGUACUUUGGGUCAUGACGGCGGUCAUCUGCGUCGGAUUUAUUCUGGUGCAGUAUUUCCACCCGCUUGUGAAGAAAGAACAGGUUCUCUUUCCCAGCCAUUUGCUGAAGAGCCCUCUGAUGCUCAAUUUAUCUGUCCAAAUGUUUUUGUCAUCAGGUGUGCUCCAAGGUGCUAUUUACUAUAUCCCUUUGUUCUUUGAGUUUGCGAAGGCCGACAAAGCCCUUGAAGCCGCUGUGCGGCUUCUACCCUAUGUUUUCAUGCUGGUCGCUGGUUGUUUGAUUAACGCUGCUCUUAUGGUCCGGUUUGGAUACUACAUGCCCUGGUACUUUGGUGGUGGCGCGCUGGUAGUAAUCAGCUCAGCAUUGAUGUGCACUGUUAAUGCGAAUACCUCGAACUCUACUAUUUACGGAUAUACCGUGUUGAUGGGAAUCGGCGUCGGCUCCUACUGCCAGGCCAGCUACAGUGUAUCCCAGCAAUUGGUUCCAAUGACCGAGCUGACCAAUGUCGUCGGCUUGAUGAGUAUCUCGCAAUUCUUGGGCAUUCUGUUUUUCUUGGCGAUCAUGGGCACUUCCUACCAAAAUCUGGUCAUCGAGAAGAUUCACAAGCUCCUGCCUAAUGCUAGCGAUGUCGAUGUCCGUGAAUUUAUUGCUGGAACCAGCUCCUCCCUCAGUGCUAGCUUAACAAGCGCCCAAUCGGCCGCCGUGAUAGAUGCUAUUGUCAUUGCUAUGCGAUCAGUGUGGAUUUUGCUCGCUGUUGCUGGUGGCAUUUGUGUGGUCUUGUCUCUUUUCCUAGGGAAAGACAAGCUUUUCACCAAGGGUGCUAAGGGUACAGCAAUCGCAGCAUAA